GUCCCGGGCGCAGGUCGCUGUGAUGAUGGAUAUCGUUUGUUCUCGCGAUGGUCGGCUCGUCGCCGUGGUGCAUCAUGGUUUCGCGAUUCUAUGUCUGCUUUACGUUCUCGUGUCGCCGCGUCCUAUCUCCUGCCAAGAGACGCUCACAAAUCGGAUGCGUGUGAUCAGCGAGGAUCUGGACCGGCAGCUGAACGGGAUCGUGACCUCCCAGGCGAUCAACUACGCGAAGGUGAACACGUUCGGGCUGCCCUACAACGCCACCACGAAGUUCGACCCCAAGGGCAUGGGCCAGCUGUACAACGUGACAAACAUGUUCAUGGACUUCGUGCAGAGCAAGCAAGCGUAUCCCGAGGGGAUGUUCAUCGUUGUGGAUAGGAUGCCAACGUUCCAGUACACCCCCUCUGAAUGGAAGAUCGUCGUGACCCAUUACGGUGGCCUGGCUGGUCUGGCCUUGAUUGGACUCCUUCUGGCCGCGAUUCUACCCUGCGUCGGGCUGUUCUUCUGCUGUUGCAGGUGCGCCGGCCAUUGUGGUGCUCACAAGAACAAUUACGAGGGAAAGCAUCAUCGCUGCAAAAAGGUGAUGCUCAACAUGCUGUUGAUCGUCGUCGCCACGAUUAUACUAUUCGGGGUGGUCUGCGCGUUCGUCACGAACGAAUACAUGCAAGAAGGGACCAGGGAGUUGCCGAACAAUGCCAAGACCAGUCUCAAGGACGUGAAGCUCUACCUGAGCACCACGAAACAACAGGUGCACAACGUCUUGGAGAAUAAUUUCGACGAGCUCGAGGUCAAUUUGAAUCAAAUCCUGCAAGCCAGUGGCAGAACCGUCACCGAACAAUUAGCCGAGUACUCGCACGCGGUCUCGUUGACCAAUCUUAGCGACAUUGUGGCCGGUUUAGAGUCCAUCAAGGAGGACCUGAAGACCAUGCAGACAAUCACGCGGGAUCUACGGACGAACGCCAGCCAAUUGGACAUCGUGGUACGAGGCGUGAAAAAGAACCUUCUGCACACGCUUUCUGCCUGUAAGACCCAGAAUUGCAAGCAGGUGCUGAACGAUUACAAGGUGAACCAAAUGUCGGUUCAGGUGGACUUCGACAAGUUGCCGAACGUCACGUCCGCCCUGUACAACAUCACCAUGCUGAUGAAAGGCAACAUCGUGUCAGAGGUCAGUAAGGGUAAGGAGUCGUUCCUAAAGAUCCAGAAAGACAUCCAGCAAGCGGUGAACCAAACCAUUCCCGUUGUCAGCGCCAGCAUCAGCCGGGCAGGGUACUACCUGGGUGGUGCAGCGAACAACAUAACGUCUGUAAUCGACAGGCUAAACGUUGACAUUGACAAGCGUUACAUCCGUUAUCUGGAUAUCGUCAGAACGCACAUUGAUCAGUAUUCACCGUACAGGUACUACUUGGGCUUCGGUAUAUCAGGAAUCCUAUUAAGUGUUUUAACGUGUCUGACCUGUGGCCUCUGCUGUGGAAUAUUUGGAAAACGUCCCGAUGAUACCGAUGAACACUGCAACAAAGGUUCUGGAGCACGAUUCUUGAUGAUGGCUGUCUGGACCAUUUUCCUUCUAACCAGCGUCCUAAUGGUAAUCACUGUGAUUCAUAUGGUCACUGGGGUCUUGGUUCAACGAGCGGUCUGUGAGCCGCUGAAGAAUCCCAAAGACAACAGAAUGUUCGCUCUGGUCGACGAAAUGGUUCAGAUAAAAAAGAUCCUGUACCCGAAAAACCCUAAUGUUGAUUUGAACAUGAGCUACAUAGUUACGGAAUGCCAUUUGAACAACACCGUGUACAAUGUCCUCCAGCUGAAGAACCUGUUCGACGUGAAGACUUUACGCGAAUACGCCGGUCGGUCCGAUAUCAACGACACCAUACAACAAUUACGUCGUAAGAUCAGUUUAUCGCCAGGCGUGGUGAUCCUCACGAAAAGCGCGAAAUCGAAGCUGAACGAUCUGGCUGAGAGUGGACUCAGCGACAUCAAGUUCUAUCAGUACGCCGAGAUUCUAGCCGAUAAUAUUACCAACAUCAAUCUGGAGCAUUUGGCCAGACAGUUGCGAGAAGUCUCGGCCAAGUUGCCCGAGGGACAAGAGGAGAUUCGCGACAAUUUGGAGAAGAAUGCUCACGAUCUGGAUCAUUAUCACAAGGACCUUGUGGUGCCCAUGGCGAUGUUGAGCGAACAGCUGAGCGAGAAGGCGCUCACUCUUCAGGAGAACAUUAAAUUUAAUCAUAGCUCGAUGGCGGAAGCGAUUCACGAGCUCGUCAAGGAGGUCACGAUGGCGCAACAGUUCCUGAACAAAGAUGGGCCGGAAUACGUUCAGCUUCUGGCAACCAGAUUUGGAAACGCUUUCCUCCAUCAAGUCGACGACUACCUUGAGCACGUCAUCGAAAACGCGAUGUCCGAAGUCGGAAGAUGCGGGCCUGUUUCGAACGCGUACAACGCCACUCUGGUCGCUGGUUGUAACAGGAUUCUGGAUCCAUUUAAUGGUUUCUGGGCGAGUGUCGGCUGGUGCUUGAUCCUCUUCAUCCCGACCAUAAUAAUCUGCGUGAAAUUGAGCACACUGUACUGGGCAAUACACUCGUUCGCAAGGUCCCAUGUCGAAGCUUCCAGUGUUCAAGACAAGAAAUACAUGUCGCAUAGACACCAUCCGUCGGCGUACGUGGAGAGCUACGACGGUCCAGCGAUCGGGUACGAAAGGGAGAGGAUCUCUGAUGCGCGUCAAGGCUCGUCCCAUCACGAGUCCAGAUAUUCCGACUUGGCGCCGAAAAACUGGGACUUCCCUAAUGGCGGUCCACCUAGGUACCAGCCGGUCGCGGAAGCUCCUCCGCCGUUGAGCACGGAAUACGAACGACCACCUCCUUAUUACUAUCCUGGGCCAGGGGGCAGAAAUUAGGAAACAAGUGCCGUGGCAUGCACAAAGGUAGCACUGAGUAGCGUGGCUAUCCACAGUCUCACCCGCAGUUACAAAAGGACAAUGAAAAAGAAAGCGAGAACCGGAUGCAAGCGAGACUAUGUUUAAUCGCGGCGUUCCCGGUGAGCGUGCCACGGACCGUUCGAACGGAGCGAAUAACAAAGUUUAAAGACCAAGUUUCAAUACAGACUGAAAUAGGCUUAAUGGAUCCUUUGGUGAGCGCGCGAGUAGUGUGAUGAUCUAUGUGUGCGAUUCGUUCCCUUCUUGGUAUUAUUUAAAAGACGAAAAAAGUAGAAAAAAACAAGGUAUCUCCGCCUGUGAGAAAACAUUAUUAUGUUACGUCGAAUCGUCACGCGACCGGUUGGUUUUAAGUUUCAAUGCUUCCUGCCGUUUUUUGUCUAGUUUUUCGUUGAUCAUUCGCUGUUUCAUUUUAAUCGAAAGACGAACCGCAUAACAGAACGUUGAUUCGUAUCGUUUGUGCUGUAUUAAUUGUUAGACGAUCGUUCUCAACGCACGACUGAUCUUCUUCAAGCCUUUGAUCCUUUCUUCCGGCCGAUAUCCUCGACUUUCUUUUUCCCACAGCCCUCGAAGACCCGUCCUCGAGUAUUACGCGUUUUGUUCCAUUCCAGAGUCGACUGGCGACUUCCGUUUUAGUCUGCGAACUCCACGAAAAUCUUCUUAAUGAUCCUUUCUUAUCCUAUUAGUUCCUAAAACACAGGAUUGUAAUCAUUGUCUGCAUUAGCCAGUAUUAAGUUCGUUUUUCUCCCGCCACACCUGACGUACUACGCUUCCUUUGCCCCAGAACCCACCGCUGUCUCUGAAACGUUCAGAAGACAGCGUGAACGCGUGUGUAUGUACAUUCAACCGCUUGUGUCUUAUCGAUUCCUCCUCUUUCCUAACUUUUACGCGAACCGCCUACCCGGAGCAAUAACGAGAGUGCACAGAAUAAAGGACGAAAGUGACAAGCGACUUGACGUCGAGACACGUCAAUAAUCAGCCGUGCUGGAUCAGCGGACGCGAUCGUGUGAUCAAUGGACGAAAUAUUAGUAUUUAAAGAAUCGACUUAGUGAAGCGUUCACCCUUUGCCCAAGGACCAACUAGUUCAUUUCCCUUGUUUAGCUUAACA